CACAAGCAUGACAGGGAAUAUAAAGCGGGAGGUUACUGGAAAGAAUCACAAAUGAACGUGAGACUAGACCAAAUUCUUGCAAAGAGCAGAAAAUGUGAUCUUUGCUGUAAAGGCUUCUUGCGUUUCAUGGAGCUGUUUAUACGAUGGGAGUCUUUAAUAAGUGGUUUUAUUGAGUAGAGUUGGAGAGCAGCUGCAGAAGCCUUCAGUACUUCUGUUAAUUAUUCUUUUUCUCUGUAGUUUUUGAACUGCAAAAUCUCAGAAGACAACUUCAGACUCGCACAGAUCAGGGUGAUUCCUCAGCUGUGCGCUCCUCUGAAAGAGAGGUGGGAAAGAUGACAGGAGCAGAAAGGAAAAGAAAUGCAGUCUGGAGGAAGAUCCAGGCUGUUCGCUUUGAAGAUAUCAAAGCCUGGUGUCUGGGAAGGCUGCCCAUCGUGAAGUGGCUGCCCAUCUACAACUGGAAGGAAAAUCUGGUUCCUGACACAGUUUCUGGGAUGAUGCUAGCCAUCCAACAGGUGACUCAAGGGCUGGCCUUUGCAAUUCUGUCUUCAGUCCAUCCAGUUUUUGGUUUGUAUGGCUCUUUCUUCCCUGCCAUUGUCUAUGCCAUGUUUGGAAUGGGACGUCACGUUGCGACAGGGACCUUUGCUUUGACUUCUUUAAUAUCUGCCAACGCAGUUGAGCGUCUUGUUCCCUCAGUCAGUGUGAAUUUCACCAUGAACAACACCUCCAGAGUGCUGGGCCUCUCCGAGUUUGAAAUGCAGAGGAUUGGAGUUGCAGCAGCAGUUUCCUUUCUAGGAGGCAUCAUUCAGGUAGUGAUGUUUGUGCUGCAGCUGGGCAGUGCCACUUUCUUGCUAACAGAACCAGUGAUAAGUGCAAUGACAACAGGAGCAGCUACACACGUUGUGACUUCACAAGUGAAGUAUCUGCUGGGAAUGAAAAUGCCAUACAUAUCAGGGCCACUGGGAUUCUUUCAUAUUUAUGCCUACGUCUUUGAGAAUAUCAGGUCUGUUCAGCUGGAGGCCCUGCUUCUCUCCUUGCUGAGCAUCGUGGUGCUUGUGCUCGUUAAAGAACUGAACGAGAAAUUUCAGAGAAACAUUAAAAUUGUUCUUCCCAUCGAUUUGCUCUUGAUAAUUGCUACAUCCAUUGCUUGCUGCUAUGCUGAUAUGGAAUACGUCUAUGGACUAGAAGUUGUGGGACAUAUUCCUGAAGGGUUGCCAUCACCAAAAGUACCACCCAUGAAUGUCCUGCCUGAAGUAGUCACUGAAGCUUUUGGAGUGGCACUGGUUGGUUAUGUAGCAUCACUAGCCCUUGCCCAAGGCUCUGCUAAGAAAUUUAAAUACACUGUGGAUGACAACCAGGAACUUUUGGCUCAUGGCCUCAGCAACGUGAUUCCUUCAUUUUUCUUUUGCAUACCAAGUGCUGCAGCGAUGGGAAGGACAACACUUCUAUACAGUACUGGUGCCAGAACACAGGUGGCUUGCCUUAUCUCUUGUGUGCUAAUCCUUGUGGUCAUCUAUGCAGUUGGACCUCUGCUGUACUGGCUGCCUAUGUGCGUGCUAGCAAGCAUUAUUGUUGUGGGCUUGAAGGGGAUGCUGAUGCAGUUCCGUGACUUAAAAAAGUAUUGGAAUGUGGAUAAAAUAGACUGGAGCAUAUGGGUCAGCACCUAUGUGAUCACAAUAUGCUUUGCUGCUAAUGUGGGCCUGCUGUAUGGCGUUGUCUGCACUGUGGUCAUCGUCACUUUCCGCUUUCCCAGAGCAAAGACACUAAAUCUGAAGGAUGUAAAGGAAGUGGAAUAUAAAUACAAAACAGAGGACAACUGUGAAUCAUUAAAACAGAUAAAGAUAAUUUCAGUCAACAACCCAUUAGUCUUCCUGAAUGCCAGGAAAUUCCACACUGACCUGAUAAAGAUAAUCCAAAAGGAUAGCAGGAGCAGCCAGCCCUGUGAAGACAUGAACAAGUGUGAGCACAACACAUUACUCUCUUCAUUUUCCAAUGGAAGUUGCCAUGGUGAGGCUUUGGGAUCCUGUCACAGCGAGCCAUGUAUUCUGAUACUAGACUGCAGUGGACUGAAUCUCUUUGACUACACUGGAGUCUCAGUGCUGCUUGAGGUUUACACGGACUGUAAAAGCAGACACAUCGAUGUGCUGCUAGCACACUGCAAAGCUUCCUUGGUCAAAGCAAUGCAGUAUGGUGGGAAUCUGGAAUCUGAAAAUCCUGUCUUCUUUGAAUCUAUUUCUUCAGCAAUCGAUGCCAUUCGGAUUCAGAGAGUGAGGCUUACAGCAGGGGUAGGUGAAGGCUGGAGAGCUCCUGGCUGCUCACAGCAAUUUGUUAAGGUCUGGGGAAAUCUUGUUUACUUGGUGAACCUUUGGUGUAGAAAUAUUUAUCUGUCUGUUGUCUACAAGGACUCCUCAGGCUUGGAGUGCAGCUAUCAAGCCUUCCCUGCCAGCACUUUUCUCCCUGUCAUAGUUUCUCCUUUCACAGCAGCUUCUUGGUCUCCCAUGCUAAACCCAGAGAAUUACAGCAAGUUCAGUGAACAGAGUGAAGUUUGA